UGCUGUAACUAUAAGUGAUAAAUAAAUAUUAGUUCACUUAUAACUUAGAUUACUUAGCUCGGAUGUAAAGGGAUGUUUUUGUUAUUGUUUGCUGAGGAAAAGUGUGCGGUCGUGUUUUUGGGAGGACUAAAAAAUGGCAGAAGUAGCUACAAGCUCUAGCAGUUCCAACAAGACGGACAAAAUUGCUGACUUCAAAGCACGUCUCGCCAAGCUGCAUAGCAAAAGGAAUGAAGCUGCAGUUCUAAACCAUAAAGAAGUUGUGGAAGAAGACCGAGUUAAGCAAAUGCCAAAAAAUUAUGCAAAGAAGCGUGAAAGACUAGAAGCUGAAUUUAAAGAAGAUCAGCGAAGAGAGGCUGUUUUAGCAGAGGGUAAAGACUAUGACCGUCUGAGAAUGCUGGAAGUGGGAGCAGAUGAAGCAGAGCGCUGGGAGAGGAGAAAGAAGAAGAAGAACCCAGAUCAAGGUUUUUCUACUUACGAAGAUGCCACAAUCAGGCAAUACAACCGUCUUGUUAAAAAUAAGAAAACUAACAUGGAAGAGUACGAGAGAGAGAAGCAGGCUGUUGGAGAAGCUGCAUUUUAUGGAGAAGACAACACAAUUGCCAUUGGUCUUCACAAAGAUUCUGCUUCAGCAAUUGAUAACAUGGUGGAAGAUCUGGAGAAGCAGAUUGCUAAGCGAGAGAAGUAUUCGCGUCGUCGCAUAUAUGAUGAUGAUGCCGACAUCAACUUUAUCAAUGAGCGCAAUAUGAAAUUCAACAAAAAAUUGGAACGCUUCUAUGGUAACUACACAGAAGAAAUCAAACAAAAUCUGGAAAGAGGAACAGCUGUGUAAACGUCUGCAGUGUUCUUUUAGGAUACAAGUGUAUGUUGGAAGCUUUUUAAGAGCUGCCUACAGUACAAAGUAGAAAUUAUUUUUUUUUUUGUCUUGCAACCCUAAAAAGCAGUGUUUUUCCUCUUCAUAGCAGUGUAAAUAUCAAUUUAGACACAUCAUUCAUGUAAUUAUUCAUCAGGUGACUUAAUUAAAAAUAUUCCCAUACUGUACUAUGUAUGUAGGCGAUGAGUCACAAUACAAUGGCUGAAGUAUGUUAACCAAUCCACACACUAGAAAAUGAUGGGACGACGACGUUUC